CCUUAGCUGUAGGUUAGAGAGAGGUCUGUGUACAGACCGGUUCUCAAAAUUGACACCCAGUGGGCCGCAGAGAUUUUCGGGGGAGCCGUUGGUCGGUGAAACAAACAUGGGAAACGCGGAGAGUGGCUGCGGGGGCGGCAGCGGCGACGAGGAAGACGUAGAAACGGAGAGUCCCGGUUUCGCGGAAGACAGUCCGGCCUCUGCGGCCACUGGCGGCGGAGGCUCCGGCUCUGGGAGGAGCGGAAGGGGAUCGAAUAACCUGCCUGUGCCCACCGGCGGACCACCUAGCCCCGGGGUCCUCCUGGAGCAAGUGAAACUAAGAGAAGCUGCGGCUCGUAUUAGUGACUCAGGAGUCGCCAUUCAGGAGUCUGUCCUGGCAGGGAAUGAAGGAGUCCUGGUGCGGUGGUUGGAGGACCGGUUAAACCGAGGAGAGGAGUCUGUCAAUGUGGAACAGUUUUGUGAGAUGUUGGAGAGCAGAGACGCCCCCAGAGAUGAAUGUGAAGAGGCCUUUGGACAGUUCGAUGCAGAGGGGGAUGGUGUGGUGGACGUUGAGAGCAUGCUGAUUGCUCUGAAGAACUCCAACGGAGCUAAUCUAAAGGGAGAGCUAAGUCAUGUGAUAAGACAGCUUCAGGCAUGCUCCCUAACUCCAGGUUUUGUUGACAUAUUCUCCAAGACCAAAGACCGGUUAGGGGCACAUGCCUCUAAGAUCCUUAAGUUCCUGCACAGGAAUCGUAUUCCCAGCAGUGCCAUACCUUUCCCUAUCCUAGAGGGCUACAACAGUAUCUGCACCAUGAGGUCCAGCGUGGUCCAGGACUACUUAGAGUUCCUCUUGCAGAAGGAAAAAGAUAUGGAUAUCCAGUACCGAGCAGAGCUGGACCGUGAUCCAGAGGUGGACAAGGUGAAGGUGGUCACGCAGUGCUACAGCACAAUCGAAGCUUCAUCCAACGUCGCCGACAUAAACAAGAUGACUAAUGGGGAAACUUCGUCUUUUUGGCAGUCGGACGGCAGUGCACGCUCACACUGGAUAAGAUUGAAAAUGAAACCAGAUGUGGUUCUGAGACGUCUUGCCAUUGCUGUGGCUUCUAAUGACCACAGCUACAUGCCUCAGCUGGUCUCUGUUGCUGUCGGGAGGAACCGAUGUUCCCUGCAGGAGAUCAGAGACAUCCGCAUCCCCAGUAAUGUUACGGGCUACGUAGCUCUCCUGGAAAACGCCAACAUCACACACCGUUACAUCCAAAUCAACAUUAAGCGGUGCCUGAGUGACGGAUGUGACACGCGGAUUCAUGGCUUGAAGACUCUGGGUUAUCAGAUUACCAAGAGUAAAGAGGUGUCUGUGUCAGAUGCUUCGGCCAUCUGGUACCUGUCUCUCCUCACCUCGCUGGUCACAGCAUCCAUGGAGACGAACCCUGCGCUGGCUCAGACCGUCCUUCAGAGCACGCAAAAAGCCUUACAACACAUGCCACCACUGUCCCUAACGCCAUCAUCCACAGAGUUCCCCAAGUUCUUCUCUCUAAACAUCCUGGAGGAGGUGGAUGGAUUUCUUCUCAGGAUAGCAGAUUGUUGUGUGAGUCCUGACGCAGAGCUGACCCUCCUUGCCUUCGCUCUGGCCCGGGGCAGCGUAGCGAAGGUGCUCCAGGCCCUGUCCUGCAUCAGCGACCACUUGGAGGCCGAGUACAAGGCCUCCGCCCUCAUCAUGUCCAUGGCCUCUGUCAGACUGCGACUACUUAAUCGCAACGGGAAGCCCCUCCAGCUGCAUCUGCAGGCCUGUGAUGUGAAGAGUAAAGAGGAGAAAUCAGGACCAGAGAACAUGCUCACAGAAACCUCCACUGGAGACGGUUUUCUCACAGAAAGUGGCAGGAAGAAGGCCAGUGUGAUUCUGUCAACAGAAGACCAGAGUAACUUCCAGGUCACUCAGAUGAAGAUCAAAGUGCGAAAAGGAGCCAUUGGAGCAAAAUGCGGCUUGGUGUUUGUCUACAAGGAGGAGGAUUCGUUUGAUGCUGAGAAACAUUUCAAGAGGUUUAAAAAGUAUGACUCCUGGGACUACAAAGCCUACAAAGAGUUUGUACAAGACAGUUCUAGGACUCCAGCCCAGUCAGAGGACGAGCCUAUUGGCUGGUUCGAGCUGGAGGAUGACUGGAACGAUGUGGAGAUCAAGCUGCAGCAGUGCCGUGUUGCAAAGUUCCUGAUGGUGAAGUUCCUGUGCACCAGGCAGGACUCUGCAGAGCGUCUUGGCGUGCAGUCCCUCUCCUUCAGUGGUUACCUGUGUCCCGGGGCAGAGAGGCUAGGAGACCUGGACGACCUCAGUCCAGAGGGGGAGAGCUUUGACCAUGAAGCUGUCACCGGCCUCUGUCUACUUAAUAAAACACUAUUCUUCAUACAGCAGCUCACACGAGACAUGGAUGCCUCUCACUUUAAACAGAAGUAUCUUCUGGACUUCAAUGGCCUCGGUCUGAACCUUUUCUGGAGCUUCUACAGUAAACUCAGGGAGAUUGAGGGAGAGGAUGUGCUGAAGAGCAGAGUUUUGCUGCUCCAACUGAUGCAGAACUGUUUCCCCAUGCUACCUAACCCGCUGGAGUCCCGAGGCUCAGAGGAGAGCAGAGGACAUGUUGAGGGGGCAGCAGCUUGUCCGUCCACGUCCAGCGACUCAGAGCCUAUAUCUGACCCUGUGAGAGCAGUAUGGGAGCUGUAUACUCAUCUCUGCCAGGUUGUGGACGGUCCAGAGGGGGAGACGUUAAUAGAGAAAGCUUUGCACAAAGAAGCAGUCAAGUCUGUUCUUAAUGGAGCAGUUGUUUUCUUCCCUGAUAAACACGUCAGGAGAGACAAACUCUUCCACAUGAUGAAAAACAUCACAGAAGAGGAUCAGCCAGAGUCGGUGAAGGUGACGUUUGAGUCACUUUGUAAUUACUUCAGUGACCAAGAUCCUAGUGGCCUUCUCCUGCUCCCACCUAAAGGAGCUCCCUCAGACUUUGACAUCAGCCCCAUCCUGUCAGUGAUGGAGACACUGCUUCUGGUGGCAACAAGAGAGUGUGAGGUCAUGAUGGUGGAUGAGAGCAGUGGAGCCAGCAGGACGGUGCUGCUGUCCUUGUUCUGGGCUCUGCAGGGCAGCCUGCUCUCCUGGUGCUACCUGCAGCUCAAAACAGGAUCCUCCACUGCCGUCGCCAUGGACCUGGCCAAAGAAAUCCUGCUCAAAUAUGUGGAUCAGUUUCUGGGAAGUUUCAAAGCCAUCCUGGGCUCCCUGCUGGAGAGGUACACCAGUGGAGAAAUCACUGAUAAACUCGGCAGCUCCAUCCUCGCUACAGUCUUCAGACAACUGAUGAUUUUACUCCUGGAGCUGUGCUCUUUGGACAUCCCUCACAGCGUGCUGCUGAAGAGUUUCUCCUCUCUGGUUGAGCUGCUCAAAAGCCUAUCAAGUGAUACAGGAGACAUUUUCUCUAAGGUGGAUCAGGAGAGCUGGCACCAACCCCAGCAGCCCGUAGUCCUGAGGACCUGGAACUUGGAGUCUCCUCACAACUAUGAGAACAGUCGACAUGAAACCAGCAUCUUCGCCUGCCCCGGGGCGACCUCGUUUGAGGUGGAGUUUGAUGAACGCUGUGAGACAGAGAAGAGAUACGACUACCUCGAGUUCACAGACUCCAGAGGUGGAAAGGUCCGCUAUGACAUGAAGGUUGGAACUGAGAAGUGGCCAAAGAAAGUAACGUUUGACGCCGGCCCUCAGCUCCAGUUCCUCUUCCACUCUGACAGCAGUAACAACGAGUGGGGUUACAAGUUCACAGUGACUGCUCUUGGCCUCCCAGACAUCACCAUUUCAUGGAUGUCAGACCUGCAGCUGCUGGUGGCUCGUCUGAUGGGUCGUCUGGCUUCAAGAACACUUGCUCUGAAAUCCCCCUAUGAGAUUCGCACUGUUAAGGAGCUUCCACCAGGGAAAAUGUCCCAUGUUCAGUCUUCUCCUCUAUGGAAACCCAUCCUGCAUCAUGGGCUUUGUGAAACAAGAGAGACAAAUCGAACAAAAACCACCACAGACCAGACAAACUCAUGGACUCCUGAUGAAUUAAUGAACUUCCUGGAGGAUUUUGCACGGUGGAACCCAUCUCAGGAGCCGACAGACAGCAGGACAGAGCUGAUGAAGACCCUCAUGCAUUCCUGCAGGAAGCAGCUCAUGAGGAAUGAGAUUGCUGCUGGGUCAAAGACAGACCAGGCUGUGAAUGCCAUCUGGGCGGCCAUGGUGUACCACACACCGGCCCUGAACCAUGCACUAAAGAACUAUGUUAAUCAGGAUUGUAAGUCGUGUCUGAGUGAAGAGUUUGUGCAGGCGUAUUCACUAGCAGACAGCAUCAGAACAUGGAUGCUGGAGAUGAAGCAGAGGUACCUCGUCGGCAAAAUGAAUGUUCCUGACGAGAAGGAAGGAGGUCAGGAUGAGGUCACCAUGGAAACAUUAGCUGAGACAUGCAUAGAGAAGAGCCUCUUACUCUUCAGAUUUGCCCCCUGUGGAGUGCCAUGUCAGGACAGUGACUCUAUCAAAGCUACAGAGGGCAGCAGAGCCCCACUCUUCCGUUCCAGUUCUAUCUCAGAGGGCGACUUCCAGCCCAGCUCCGCUGUGGGACCCCAGCCUGCAGGGUCUGAGGAGAGUGGUGAUGCCAAAGCAGCUCAGAGCCAAACCUCUGGCGUCCAGAACUCAUCUUCAUGUUUGCACGGGAAGCAAGGCCACAGAAGCUCCACGGAAAGCCUCUCCUCCCAGUCAGGAGAACCAGCCUCACCCUCCACCUUCCCCCGAAAAGCCCCAUUCAGUCGGGCACGCCUCCGCCUCCUCUCCUGCAGAUCUAUAGAAGAGCCCCGAAUGACCCCCUCAGUAAAGGAUCGCUACCCGAUCCUUAAACACAUCCUGAACUUUAUAAGGGACCAGGCUCUCACAACAGCAAGCAUUCUGCAGACCCUGUCACUAAGCAAAGCCCAGGCUCUGAGUGUGUGUAAAGUCCUGGAGAUGGUUCAACAAUGUUUACACUCCCUUGGAAAGCCACACCUCUUUCAAGCCCCCUGCAUCCUGUUUCUACAGGAGCUGCUGGCGUGUCAAAAAGACUUCACCAGCUACUUCUCUCAGCUGUCAGACAGUGGGCAGAAGCUCGGGGAGGAGGUGAGGCGUUCUUACCAUCAGUUGGUGCUUAUGCUGGUGGAGGCUGUACAAGGUUUCAGCAGCCUCAAUGAAAAAGCUCUGCUGCCGGCCCUGUCCUGUGUGCAGACCUGCUUGUUGCACCUUCUGGACAUGAACUGGGAGGUUCAUGACCUUCCUCUCUUCCUCAAUAUCAAACUUCCUGAACUCUUGCUCAGCAUGUCUCAGGAGAACAUCAGCGUUCAUGACAUUGCCAUCAGUCAGUGGACAGAGGAGGAUGAAAUUGCGGACUACAAGAAGAACCAGGAAUGGAUGGAUGAGUGCAUGGAUGGCAUGUUUGAGAAGUGGUACGACAAAAUUGAUGAAGAGGACUCCAUGGAGGACAGGAGGAAGAUGCACAUGUUCAUUGCACGGUACUGUGAUCUGCUCAACGUGGUGAUCUCCUGUGACGGCUGUGAGAGGAUGGCUCCAUGGCAUCGCUACCGAUGUCUGCAGUGCAUGGACAUGGACCUCUGCAAGACCUGCUUCCUCAGUGGAGCCAAGCCUGAGGGCCACGAGGACGACCAUGAGAUGGUAAACAUGGAGUACGCCUGCGAUCAUUGUCAGGGGCUGAUUGUAGGCAGCAGGAUCAACUGCAACGUCUGUGAAGACUUCGACCUUUGCUUUGGAUGUUACCAUGCAAAGAAAUACCCUGACAGCCACCUGCCCACUCAUCGGAUCACAGUGUACCCCAUGGUGACCAUACGAAUCAGUGACCGCCACCGCCUGAUACAGCCUUACAUCCACAACUACUCCUGGCUGCUGUUUGCUGCUCUGGCACUCUACACAUCAGAGCUGAGCAGCGAGAAGAAGACGGAGGGAGAGUCUUUGGAAAGCAACAACCUGAGCCAGGCGUCAGCACUGCAGACGUGCUGCUCACAGCUCAUCACUGACUGCCUACUCAAGGGACAGACUGGCAAAGGUCUGCGUUCCUCUGCCUUGCUUGCAUUGCUGUCGUCCAAUGACUCGUCUUCUGACAGUGAGCUAUGUCCAGUCUCUCCAGAGUCCUCGCAGGAGCUCAGUACAGCCACUGAUACCUCCUCUCUGCCUGGAUCCACCGCAGCGAUCUGUUCCCCAACAUCUCCGAAAGACAAGAGCAAAUCAUCAGCUAAAGACAAAAAGCCAAAAGAAGUAGGUUCUCCUCCUGCUCCUCCUGAGGUGUUGUCUCCCCCAAGCACUGGAGAAGGGGAGAAAAUGAAGUUGGUUACCCAAGACACCCUGGACUCCCCCAGCCUCAGCCAGACUCCCUCAAUGUCCAGUGAGGAUCCCCUCUCUCCUGUGGUCCGAACUUCAGAGUCUGGACCAGGAGCUGUCAACUCUCCAACGUCUGAUGUUGUGAAGGAGACUGAUGAGAGGCUGCCACAGGUUCCUCUUCAGGAGCAUGUGUUCUCUGAGUGCUCCAGGGAGAGGAUCCUGGGACUACUGGCUGCCAUGCUGCCACCAGCAAAACCAGGCAACACCCUAUCUCUGCCCAGUCUGAACUCCAUCCUGCCUCAGCUCUUCAGAGCCGUCAUCUCCAAUGCUGGCUCUCUAAACGAGACUUUCCACCUCACUCUGGGACUGCUGGGUCAGCUGCUGCUCAGAAUCUCUCCGGCAGAGGCCGACACCGCAGUCACAGAGGCUCUGGCUGAUAAAUAUGAACUGCUGACUCAGGGAGAGGCAGCCAGCCUAGACACCCAGGGCUGGAAGACAACACAGCUGCUUUUCAGCCUGGGGGCCGUCUGUUUAGACAGUCGUAUCGGUCUGGACUGGGCGUGCACAGUGGCAGAUAUCUUGCACAGUCUGAAUGUGUGUCCUGACUGGAGCGCAGUCAUCGCUGCCUUCACUGACCAUUGUAUUCAGCAGCUUCCACAAACACUUAAACGCACCAACCUCUUCACCCUGCUGGUGCUGGUCGGCUUCCCUGAGGUGCUGUGUGUGGGCACCCAGACGGUAUUUAUCGACAACGCCAAUGAGCAGCACAAUAUGAUCCUGCUCAAACACUUCACAGAGAAAAACCACGCUGCUGUGGUGGAUGUUAAGACUCGCAAGAGGAAAACAGUGAAGGACUACCAGCUCAUCCAAUCUCAGGACUCCACUACAGCUGGUCUACCAGGGCAGUCGGAGGGCCAGAGCACCCAGAAGACCCUGCUCAGACGCUACCUGAGAAACUUCACAUCCAUCAUCAGCCACCUGCUGCAGACCAGUCAGGACAACAGCUCUUCUGAUGCCGUGGAGGCAUCCUGGGUUCUUUCCCUGGCUCUGAAAGGCCUCUACAACACUCUGAAGAAACAUGGAGUAGAGCAAGCUCAGGAAGACAUCCAGCAGUCAGGACUCACCCAGCUGCUGGUGAGAAAGUGCAGCAAAGGUACCGGCUUCAGCAAACUGUGGCUGCUCCGAGAUCUAGAGAUCCUCUCCGUCAUGCUCUACUCAUCCAAGAGGGAGAUCCACUCCAUGGCCCAGGACCCUGAGAGAGACCAGAGGGAGCAGGACAAGGAGCACGACUCGGAUCACUCCAGCUGCUGUGCUGAUGAAACUGACGCCAACAGACCUGACCCCUUAGAGGGUCUUGAUGAGGAGACAAAGAUUUGCUUCCAGAUCACCCAUGAUGCCUUAAAUGCCCCUCUGCCCAUCCUGCGAGCCAUGUAUGAGCUGCAGAUGAAGAGAACAGACUCCUUCUUCCUGGAGGUGCAGAAAAGAUUUGAUGGAGAAGAGAUAAAAACAGAUGAGACAAUCCGAACGCUGGCACAGAAGUGGCAACCUACCAGGCGGCCUCGCUCUGAGGAGAGGAACACAAAGGCUGUGGAUACAGAUAUGAUCGUGGUUUCCUGUGUGUCUAAGCCCAGUCACUGUGAAAAGGCUACAGAGGAGAUCAAUGUUGUGGCUCAGAAGCUCAUCACCAAUUCAGAGAGCGACCUACAGCUCAGCUACGCCAAACAGAGGCGCACAAAAAGUUCGGCUCUGCUGCACAAGGAGCUGGACGUCCGCAGCAACAGGGCAGUUCGUCAAUACCUGGUGAAGGUCAACCAGGCCAUCGCCACACUGUACGCCCGCCAUGUGCUGGCCUUGCUCCUGGCUGACUGGCCUGCAGAGACGGCGCUGAGCGAGGAGGCCCUAGAGCUGAAUGGGGCCUCACACAUGGCCUACAUCCUGGACAUGCUGAUGCAGCUGGAGGAGAGGCCGCUGUGGGAGAAGAUUCUGCAGAGAGUGCUGAAGGGCUGCAGUCAGAGCAUGCUGUGCAGUUUGUCUCUCACUGCCUGUCAGUUCAUGGAGGAGCCGGGAAUGGCUGUGCAGAUUAGAGAGUCCAAACACCCGUAUGACAAUAACACCAACUUCGAGGACAAGGUGCACAUACCUGGGGCGAUCUACCUGUCUGUAAAGUUUGACUCCCGCUGCUACACAGAGGAGGGCUGUGACGAGCUCAUCAUGUCGAGCAGCAGUGAUUUCCUCCAGGAUGUCCACAACUUCAGUGGCUCUCCUCAGAAAUGGUCGGAUUUUGAGAUUCCUGGUGACACCCUCUACUACAGAUUCAUGUCAGACAUGAGUAACACAGAGUGGGGCUACAAGUUCACCGUCACAGGAGGCCACAGAGGACGUUUCCAGACAGGUUUUGAGAUUCUGAAGCAAAUGUUAGCAGAUGAAAAAGUCCUGAGUCACCUUCCACUGGCCGACAUCUGGGAGUGGCAGGUGGGCGUGGCCUGUCGUCAGACUGGGAACCAGCGACUCAAAGCCAUCCACUUGCUGCUCCGACUCCUACAGUGUCAGUCCACAAAUGCCUGUGAACUGAUGCUGCUGCGACCUCUGUGGCAGCUCUUUAUGUCCAUGGAAAACGGCCUGAGCCAGGAUCCCACCAGUAUCACUGUGCUGCUGCCUCUGCACAGAGCCCUGACUGAACUCUUCUUCAUCGCAGAGGCCCGUGCCAUUUCGCAGGGGAUCCUCCAGGAAUACCUUUUAUCCAUGACCACUGACGAGCAGCUCCUCAACCACACUGCAAUGGCUCUAAAGAACAUCGCUGCCAUCAGCCUGGCCAUCAAUUACCCCAAUAAAUCUACCAAGCUCCUCAACGUGUCUCCUUGAGGGCACCACAGGGAGACUGGGGGAGACCAACCUGAGGGAAGGGGGACACAUCCUGACUCAGCUGGAUAACUUUGAACAGGGUCAAGAGAGGUGGGGGAGAAAAACCUCCCUGACCAGAGUCCCCCCUCCAUCCUCUCCACACCUGAACGUCUCUGCAGUCAUCUGUCUGGAGCUGUGGAGGAUGACACUCGAAGAGCACUUUCCACACUUACUCACAAUCCUUUUUGCCUUAGGUGAAUCCAGUUUAUCAGCAUGUGCAUUCACUGGAGCAGGAACAACUGCGGGGUCUCUUGUUUUUUCCUUUUAUUUGUAUUAUGAAGUUUUUACUUGAAGAUGCCGUGCUAAAGGACAUGCCGUGUGCCAAAUCAGCGACCUUCAAGGGGGAGUGAGCUCUUUUUCGUCCUGCCUUUUUUCCUCCUGAACAGCAGCCACUCUUGGUUUCAUAGUUGAUCAUGGUGAAAACAGGUCACCUUGGCGACUCGCAUGUCUCUGCGGACAUGUAGAGCAUCCUAAAAAUACUGUCCAGGACAGAGGAGAUUCAUUAGUCACCGUGGGGAGAAGGUACUGACCUACUAGCUCCUUCCACCCCCUCCUUCCUGCCUUCCUUCUCACCUUUUCUCCUCUUUUUACCUCCUUUCCUUCCUGACAACAGAGGCAGAUGAUGGUAUUUUUAGGGCUCUUGUUGAAGGAUAGGAUAACUUGAUAAUCACUAUUCUCCUUAACUUAAAUCCAUCAUGAUGACACGUGUAAUAUGCGCUAAAAACCCACUUGAGACCUGAUGACAGCUUGAUUGGGCUGCACAGGAUUAUCACAAAGCCAACGAUAGCCAUAGUCUGCAUAGGAUGAGAAUUACAGCUGAGGGAAAACUGUGAUAAAAUACUAUCGCAAAGCAUUCCUUCUGUUAUUCUACCAAUAUGUUGAAGUAUUUUCACUCCUUUACUCGUGAAUGAAUGAAUGAUGUCAAAAGAUGUUCAUGAAAAUGAAUAAUAGCAAAAAAUGUCAGUGAGAAUCUCUUAAAGGCCUUCACUUUUAUCCACUUAUUUAUUAUUUUAGCUGAGUUUAAUUAGGUUUAAAUCUUUCAUUUUUUUUUUUUUACAGCACUGAAAGAAAAGCUGGUCACACAAUCAUCUCCCCCUAGAAUACAUAAUGAAAUGAAUGUGAGAAUUGUUCCCACAAAUAUACAAACUGUGGCCACAUUUACUUGGAAAUUAUCCACUGAAAACUUUUCAAUUUAAAAAGUGCUGCAUUCACAUAGAAACAAUGCUAAAACAUGAAAGUUUAUGUAGGCAGAUGAUAAGGCAGGGUUGCUAGUCAGUGGACCCCAGAGACCCUGGACUACAAAGCGAGUCGAUUUUAAGAUGUGGACUAGGAGUAAGCAGCACAAACCAAACUCUUAAGUCCACCAUUGUUGUAGUUCAACCUCUUUAACUUGGCUGUUUAUUGGAACCACAAUGUGCCAUUGUGUGAGGCUGGCCAAACACAAGACGACUUUGAACCUAAUUGUUCGCCCCCUGCAGAAAAAAAAACUCUUGCAAAGCCAAUAGAUCAACAGGAUUUCAUGUCUGUCAGGUGGAUCCAUCUUGCAAAUCUUUACCCUGCUUAUUUCGGUCAGAUCUUGAUUGUAGCAUCAUUAGAGGACAGUCAGUAGCUUUAGAAGUGAUUUAGUUUUACUUGAAGCCUGUGAACAAUGGUGACCUGCAUGGAUGUAGCUAUAGUGGCAGUUUUAUUAGAAUUGGGCAUUUCUUCUUGGCUUCGGCAUACGUCAGCUGAUUCCACUAACGUUCAUUGAACGUUCAUUGCCUGUCAAGCUUAUGUUAUGUAGUUUACUCGCCAGGGUGGUACAUGUGUACUACAUUACCUGUGUUGUUGCCUGUGACAACUGUGACAGACAGGUUUGUCCAAUCCCCCUAUCCUUCGCAAACACCAUCUAUAGUAGUGAUUCUCAACUGGUGGGUCAGGACCUGUUUAAAGUUGUUUUCAGUGAGUCAUGAAUAUCUCUCUGGGAAAAUUGGUGGCAAAAGGUCAAUAAGGUACUACAGUUCUUGGUGGACAGGCAUCCAUUUAUGUUAUUUUACUGUUUUACUGUGAUAAAGGGUAAAUUGAAAUGUUUUCUUAGUUUUUCAACUCAUUUAUCUCCUUUUCUUGUAGUAACAAAGCUGUUUUCCUACAAUGAUCAGGUUAUUUCUCAAGGUCUCUUGAAAAUGGUAAAAAAAUCAUAUAAAUAUUCAUAUAUUUUGUCAAGAUCCAAGUUGCAUCAUUAUUCAUUAGAUAAACAUGUUUUAUUGUUUUGUUUUCUUUAGUGUAGGUAGCGGUUUGUCAUUGAAGAAACUGGUGGGUCUUGAGGGUAGACCAGAUGAGAACUGAGGUCUAUAGGAUGUUCUCCAGAUCAAUGUUUAAUAUCUUCCAUGCAGUGGAUAUUUAAAACAGUCUAUUGGUCAGGUAAUCCUGAUCAAAGCUUGUCAAGAAUUUUCACAAAUUUUCCUGCUCCCUAUUCCGUCAGAGCCCCCCAACCAUUCUAAAUAUCAAACGUUUCUCAGUUAACAAUUCAAGGUUUGACUGCCUCAGACAGAAUACCCACAAUACCUAAUGGGAGCAAACAGACCAGGUAGCAUCACAGGAUUUCACCCAUAUGCUUUUCCUGGUUUUGUUGCACUGCAUUUAUAACACAUGCCAAGACAGCCAGCUGAGGAUUUCAGUCAUCCUUCAUGUUUGUUUUUCCUUAAAGGUCACACUGGAUUUUGCAAAUUUCAGUAAGAUCUCUUGUGUAGGCUCUCCACUGAAAGAUGUAAAUGGCGGGUGUGUAGUCUUUCAGUCUGGCUGAGUUGCCUAGUGCACAUUUAGAGCACUAUCAUGCAAAAAAAUUAGUUGAAACUGUCCUUAUGUUUGUGGUUUUACAGGUUUCUAAAUUUCAAAAUACUGAACACGUGAGAUAGACUGUUUCAUAUAUUUAAUAUACAGGCAAUGUUUCACAUUCAUCUGGGAACGCUCCCUUAGUAAGCAUUUGGAAAGGGCAGGACUUUUCAAAAAAAUCUUAGAAGGUGAUUAGAGGAACGUUCUGUCUGGCACAUUCGUCACAAGUCAAUCAUAGCAUCAAGAUAAAAUGAGGUUGCAGGCAUGCCCAGAUCUGGUAGUAACCUGAGCUUGACAGACUGUUUAUGGAGCUUGUUGGUGGAUAAAACCCAUGUAGAGGCCGAUAGAAAGAAGUGCAAAAACAUUUGUGCCAAGAGAAGCUUUCAGUGCUGUUCAUUGCUCUUUAUUUGAUAAAGAAAUGUGGCUCAUUCUGAUAAAACUGCCACUAUAGCUACAUCUGAGCAAAAUGCUGCACUGGCGGCAGUCAUUGCUAUUGGCUUCCAGUGAAGCUAAACUCCCUCCUUUGCUACUACCUCGUUCUCCUCAAGUGAUGCUGAUUGGCCAGUUCAGACCUGACACAAUUGUUUCAGAGCUUUGAGAGAUGGAUUUUCCUGAUUAUACAUGGAGUCUGGCCAAUCCAUCUGCUUUGCAAGGGUCAAAGGGAGUCCUAAGUCGACUAAGUCGAGUUUUUUGGUAAAGCCCUAUUCACACUUGCACGAAACACUUGAAAACUUCCUGAAUUUCCACAGACAGACUUACAAACCACAGGAAAACUCCCUCUUAAAAGGGGCAAGUGUGAGCAAACAAUUCAGGAAGUUUUCUAGAUUGAUGACCCUGAAAUGUCCAGAAAUGUUCAGGUUGCAUGAGUGAAUUGAGCUUAAGUUUGCAUUUUGGAGCCCUUUCCAGAACUUUGUUUUCAGGCACCAAAAUGCCGUUGUGGUGUUAAAAAACAGCUAAAAUGUGUAAACUUGGCCUAAAUUUCACCUCUGAACACAUAACUGACUGCCAUUGUUAACAAAUGAAACACUGAUGAACAAAACUCUGUAAAAUAGACACAUUGUCUCACUAAAUCACUCAAAGUUUGAUCCUGUAUUGCUGAAUUACCUCAUCUUUUGUAAUUAUACAAAAAAUUGAUGAUAUGAGGUUUUCUUAAGUGUUUAAUGUAACUUCACAUCACACAUUUAGCGACAAACAGUCAUCAUUCACUUUAAUGUAAGAAAAACUUCAUGUUGUGUUUUUUAGACAAAUCAAAAUUUCAUAGAGAGGGAGCUUGGAUUGUUUUCCAAUCAGUACUGUAUUAAUUUUCAGAUUUAGUGGUUCUUUUCUUUGUAGGAAUGGUUGUUUAUACCAAAGAAACCAAUCAUUGUGAGCCAUGAAAACAUCUCUGAAGCAGCUCCCGGUCGAGCUCCUUCUCUGUUGAUCACAUAUCAGAAAGCGACCCUGUGAGAAGCUGGAGCAGAGAAAACAUUUAGACAUUGUUCUGUUCUUUUUUUUUUUUUUUUUUUUUUUUUAUUUGUAUUUUUAUUUUUAAAGCGGUUCCUGCCGCAGAAUAGCUCGGUGGUUUUGUUUACACAGACAUCAGCUGCAACAAGGAGAGAGAAAGAGAUGCAUACGGCCUCAGUUUGGCUUCUAAGACGCCUCAUUUAUCUACGACGUGCCUAUGGUUAAAAAUGAAGCAAUCAUAAUUUAACUCAUGUUAGCCGAAUAGUUAUUAAUUCUAUUUUAAAAGAGAAAUAUAUUGUUUAAUUUGAAGGUUUUUGUAACUUUUUACUUUUAAUGUUGGUUCUUUUUUUCUUUUAUUUGCGAGGAUGCUUGAUAUUCGAGGCUGACUAAUUUGAAUGUACAUAUCUGUGAAUAUUAAUUGCACAGGAGAAAGACUUUGAUAUCAACCCCUUACAAAUAUAUUAAAACUUUAUUGGGCACUAGCAGACAGACACUUUGAUUCUGAUUUUGUAUGCAUGGCACUCUGAAGGUUAAAAAAUAAAUAUAUAAAUUGCUUGGGUUGAAAUGCGAUCCAUUUCUAAUAAAAAUAGAAAUGACUUAA